CAACACCAUCCAACCAACACUUGGCCGUGACCCAUCUGCUGCUCAAAGGCCAUACUGCGCUGCUGGCUACUGCGGCACUGCUCAUCGCUCGCCAGAACAUCUCAGGCGCAGCACGAUGGCCAGCGCAUCGUCACCAUCGUCUGGUCUGUCGGUGGAGCAGGCCCUCUCGCAGCCAGUGGAAGAGCUCCUACCCGAUGCAUCACACGCCUCGACGUCUUCGCAGCCGCCCACCAAUGGCUCUUCGGCUACCCACGUCUCAAAGACUUCUGAUAGCGGCCACACAAUAGCCGACUCGGCUGAUCAGGACGAUCCGAGCUCGAUGAACAGGGAAGAACUGAUGGACGAGCUAAAGAGAGUGAGAGAGGAGCGUGAUGGCUUCGAAGGACAGUACAAGGGCCUCCUGGGCAAGUUGACACAGAUGAGAAGCACAUUAGGCGAUCGUUUGAGGCAAGAUGCGGAAGAACUGGACCGCAGAGAAUCACAAAUCGAGACUCUCACAAGACAGGUGCAAGAGCUGCAAGCAUCCACUUCCACGCUCAAAUCCGAAUUGAUAUCUUCCCACACGGAAAGCGAAAGGGUGACCAGAGAGCUCGACGCGCUACGGCAGUCUUCGGCAAAAGCCAUCGAGGAGGCUACCAGGGCGGCCACUGCAGCUGCAUCAGCUUCAUCGUCCUCCUCCGCAGACACUGCUCUCGCUGAAGAGCGUGAUCGGCUCGAGAUGCAAGUUGUACACCUGAAUCAGAGUAUCGAGAGUCUCAAAGUGCAAUUGUCGCAACAAGAGGCGGCCCGCAAGGAGGAUUUGGCAAGGAGAGAAGAGACGGAGGCUAUGGCGGAGCAGGCCAGAAUGGACAAGGAGUACAUGGAGGAGGAAGUGAGCAGAUGGCGAGGAGUCGCAGAAAGAGAGAAGGAAAGCGCUAGAAAUCUGCAGUUGGUGUUGGAGGAAUUCCAGAAUGAACAAGACGCCGAGCUACAACGAGCCAUUGGUGACUAUCAACACAAGUACGAUUCGACGGCUGCUCUGCUUGAGGAGUACAAAGCAAGGGCCGUGAAGGCUGAAAAGCAAUGGCUCGAUACCAAAGACUCGUCUGAGCGGGGCAGAGCCUUGGAGCAGGAUGUCAAGGAGAAGAAUCUCCUCAUUGGCAAAUUGAGGCACGAGGCUGUGAUACUCAACGAGCACCUGACAGAAGCUCUGCGUCGGCUCAAUCAAGACAACUCCAGUCUUACAGUAGACCGGCGGCUGGUCACAAACGUCUUGCUGCAAUUCCUCACCACACCGAGGCAAGACGCCAAGCGCUUUGAGAUGCUCAGCCUCCUCUCUUCGGUCCUGCAAUGGAGCGAUGAGGAGAAGGAGAUGGCAGGCAUUCAGAGGUCGGGCGGUGGCUUUGGAAGAAGACUCUUUGGCGGUGGUGCGGGUACAGGAGGAGCAAGGAGCGCCUCUUCCGCCGGUGCAACGGCACAAGACGAGUCCUUCUCAAAUCUAUUCGUCGAAUAUCUCCUCUCCGAAGCAGACAAAGCAAAGACAGCCCCCACCUCUCCAAGCGGUACACCUUACCUCGCUUCCUCUUCUGCUUCCGCUGCCGCCGCCGCCGGUACCUUUCCCAGCAGCAGCAGUAGUAAAGCUCAACGCAGUCUAAGUGGUAGCGGAGGCGCUCUCGGCGCACCUGGCUCACAGACUGCUCCAGCUGGCAGGACCAACUUCGAUAUGAAUGCGCUCAAUUGGAAUCUACCACCUGGAGAGAAGACCUCAUCCGGCGGAGCAGGAGCCGGAGUAGGGGGAGUAGUAGAUGGUCUAGGCUCGAGCCAUAAUAUGGCUUCAUCUCGACGUAGUGGCAGUGUUAGCACCACGAGUAGCCCUACGAGGCUCAAGAAUGCGAGCGGAGCAGGAGUAGGAGGGAGAGACCUUUGGGCUUCGCCGACGGGGAAGACAAUACAGGAGGAGAAGGACCGGUGAAAAUCAGAGGCGAGGGACGAGAGACGAGGGCUUGGGUGCGAGAGAUGGAGGCGCCGCGUCAUAUUGUACUACUAUCCUCGGGCUGCACCGAUCACAACGAGAUGUCACUCUGCCCG